UUUUUACAGCGUCUGUGGCUUCCCCCGCCCCAGGCUGAGAGCUGGCGCAGCCCCCGCGCUGAGGGCCUUGCUCUGGGCUGUCGCAGUUUGCUUCCUGAAAACAAAAAUGGGAGCCGGGAGGAUGGUUAUGUGGCACAGGUUCCUUACUUCACAUUAAUAUUUGUGUUUCUCUUUCUGCCCCGUCCUUUUCUCUCCCUCUGUGGCUCCGAAAAAGCUUGUCGCAGAGCUUGUGCCUGGGAAACAUGAAGUGCCAGGUGUGUCACACUGUUUCUGGGGAUGAUUCUCCUGGUUCUUGCAGCAAAUGUGGGGCCCAACUGGCUCCCGCCGCCGGCCCUGGGGACGAGGAUUCAGAAAGAAGAGAGGGGAAGCUCGCUCCAGUCCCUGAUCCAGGAGCAGAGCCUGGAGGAGAUGUGAAGGGAGAAGGUGCUGAUGGGCCUUCUUCUGCCACUGAAACAAAGGAGGAGGAGGGAGGACUGCUGAUGGAGAGCCCAAGAGCUCUGAUAAAUACCUCAGAGACCAUACCUGAAUGCACUGCAGGUGGGCCUCCUUCCUCUACUGGAGCAGAGGAGGGGGAAGAGGGAGCAUCGCUGCUGGAGGAUGUAGCAGUUCCAAGUGAUAACUUGGAGACCUCACUUCAGUGCGUGGCCGGUGAUUCUUCUGGGAAGUCACGGAAGAGGAGAAGAAAGAGGAAUAAAGCAAAGAAGGGUCCUUCCAGCUCUGGGAAACAGGACUCUCUGCCUCCUGUAAGCACAGCACCAGCUCAAACCACAGAAUUGCCUGAUACAUGUGUUAUUCCACAAGAAAUCCACACCUCGGGCGGUGAAGUAGCCAAACCGGGUGCUGAUGUACUUGCUGGUGACAGUGGAGGCACAGACGAAAGCGACAGGGCAUUGGGUUGCUUGGGAAAGGAAGCUGGAAGUCUGGAAGCGGUUGCAGAAGGCACUGACAGCAGCGUAGAUGUGACUACCCCACCAAAGCAGAGCAGCAUGGAUAAUGUGACUGCCCCAUCUCCAAGCUCUGAAGCCUCAAAGGAGGAGGUCGGGGGUGGAAGUACCACAGAGCAUGGAGAAAUGGUCAGGAGUAAUGUGGAAGGGGGCAGCUGUGCCCCUGAUGUUGGCCAGCUUCCAGAAACCAGACCAGAUUCCCAGUCCUCAAGUGGCUGUAAGAAAGUGGCCUCAGCAGGAGAGAGAGAGAGCGUUUCCUCUGGGUCGUCUCCUGGUGCAGGAGACCCUAGAAGUAAGCCUGCAACUCCUUCUGCUGAACAUCAAGGUCAAAACACAGAGGCUCCACCUGUGGUCAAGAGCUCGCAGGCUGGGAAGGAUAAAGACACCAGCCAGAAAGCGAGCUGUUCGACUUCCAAAAAUGAAGACACAAAGGGGAAAAAGACGACCCCCACUGAGAAAAUGCAUGGAGUGACUGAGAAGGCAAAUCAGACCAAAGGACCUGAGGCUGCGAGGAAGGAUGGUGCUUCAGCUGUAGCAGACAGUGACAAGAAGAAAAAGCAAGAAAGGAACCAGAAACCCGUGGAUAAGUUUACAGAAAGUUCUGUGAACCGCAGUGAUGGUGUUACAGUGUAUUUCCAUGCAAUAUUGUCCAAAGACUUCAGACUAAACCCCGAGACCCAUAAAGUGUUCAUCAGGGCUGAAGGCAUUUCUCCCUAUGCAAACUGGAAGGACCACAUUUGUGAGCUGAACUGCAGCAAGCGUCUAGGAGAACAUGGAUACCUCAUUGAAGGCACUGCAAAUCUUCCAAAAGAAAAUAUUGAUAGAUGCAUUCCUUACAAAUAUUGGGUUACCUGUGGUGAAGGGCAGUAUGAAUUUAUUUAUAAGCGUCCAGUAGUGGGUGGUCAUGUGAAUCGCUGCUUAUUGAUAAGACACUGCUUGCUCAACAACAGAGAAUGGCAUCAGUAUGAUGAUAUUGUGUGUGCAAAGCCUUCUACAAUGAAAAACUUUUGGCAUAAGAUUGCUGGCAAUGAAAACAAAGACAUAGUGCGAGGGAAGAUAAUAGCGGCAAAUAUUAUGUUGGAAAAUAUCUUCAGCAUUCUUGGAACCUGGAGUCCCGACAACCUGAGAAACUUCUUUGCACAGCUGAGACAGUUUUAUGUCGUUACAAUAGACCCAUUGGUACAUGACGGCACGGCAAUGCUAUGGACAGAGCUAAACUUUGGCAAACAGCAGGUGAAUGAUUUGCUGCUAAAAUAUAUGAGGAAAAUAGCUCUUCCUUUCCUUGCACCAGAGGGUGGAGGAGCAUCGCAGGAGGACGUAGUAAUAAAAAGUAAACUAGCUCUGGGGCUCACCGUUCUUACAGUAGUUGAACUGCUUGGGCUGCCAGCACUGAAAAGCGAUCUGGCUGACCUGUGUAGCCUCUUGUGCCUGGACAAGGUGUCACAACAAGCCUCACUGGAUGAACUUCAUCGUAUCAAAAAGGCUUUUGCAGCAGUUACUAGUUUGAAUGUUCACCUGACAAACUUGUGCCAGAGAUGCAUUGAUGACCAAGUAGACCAGUGGGUGUGGAUUCUUCCUCUUCUGCAUUUCUUUGCUGCUCCUUCGCAGCACGACCACUUGCCGAUAGAGGAAGAUGCCUGGGCAGGGCUGGAAGGGCUUCCAUUUGCUGAAACAAGGAAGAGGCACGAUACGGGGACCCUACUGCAACUAAUGAAAGAAAAGAUAUACUUGAUGGAAUUUGAUACGACUCUGGUCAAGUCCUGGAUGUGUGUGCUGCCCCUGGAGAGCCUGGCUGAAUUUAUAAAAAACUUCCCCAGUGGUUUGUUAACUACUCUUGAAGGUGUUUCUUACAGAUUAGAGAAUGUUGACCUUUCGUGGAAGAAUUCUAAGGUAGUAGAGAGUCUUCUAAAGACGCUGCUGUGUACCUUGGAUGAGAAGCAGGCCAGAGCUCUGGAAGCUCACUCCUGGCGGUCCUGCUUGAUGUGUUGCUUCAAGCUGUAUAAGAAGCUCUGCAAGUGUUUGAAGUACGGCUGGUGGUUCAUGAUUCCUGCCACGACUGCCAUGAUGAUUUCGAAAGUUGCCAAACUUCAGCCCACAGCACAGGAUCCCAGGGAUGCCGUGCAGGAAGUUCCAGGUGUGGAAGUAUUCAAUGAAGCUCUGAGAGAUACCCGAACCUGGUUCAGAAAUGCUUUACACCUGAAGUUAUUGAAAGAAUACCCAGAGAAUGCAAUGUUCUCUUUUGCUUGGGAGCUUGAGGCCUGGAACAAAUUUGUGAAGAUCAGCUUUCCAGAUGAACAGUUCACUGAGAGGUGGAAGAAGACUUUGCUUGCAGAUCUGGAGAAAAGAAUUCAGGAGGAGCCUCCAGUGAACCAAAUCUUAGUCUACUGCGCUCAGCACCACAGACUUACGGAGUUUGACUCUUCCAUCGACUCGUGUUUCAGUAACUGUGCCACGGAGGCUGUGGCCGUGGCUUGCCAGACUCAGAGCAAUCUGCUUGAGCAAGUAUCUUCCUACGACAUGGGCCAGUUGAGUCAGCUUGUAUCAACUAUUAUUGUGAAGUCCUGGCCAGUCAAGAGUGGGCAGUCUGCGGAUGAUUUUGAUAAGAUUUUGCACCAUGUGCUUACGUGGCCUGGCAUCAAACAUGUCUUCAGCUUUAACGGAAAAAACACAAGGCUCCUAGAAAAACUUACAGAUGAAGCAAAGAAUAUAAUGGCCAUGGCGGACUCUGUGUUUAUGAGCGUCACCGAUGACAUCCAGGAGGGAUGUAUCCUUGUGAAACAUCUGGAGGAGAUUCUCCAGCAUGAGAAACAGUUCAUCUCUAUCUGGGAGAUAAAGCACCAGCAGCUGUUACCACAAGAAGGCAAAGAACUACUCCAGAGAGAACUGAAAGAAUUGCUGCAGAGGAGGCAAGAAGAAGUAACACUUGUCAGAAAAGAGAAAAAAGCAAUAGGAACCUUUCUGAGCAUGUGUAGGAAGGCACAGGCAUCUGUGAAAGUGAAUGUAGGUGAAGUGGAAUUUCAACACUUGGAAGAUCUUUGCAUGAAAAGACUAAAUACGGUUGUGAAUGUGGGAAAGAGACCCCUACAGACCUACUACAGCUUGAGCCCAAAGCUGAAAGAAUCUGCCCAGAAAAUGCACUCAUUUAAGGAUAGCCUGGUCUUCCAGCAGUUCUGGGAGGAAGCAGCGCAGAAGGUGGGAGAGGAAUGUGAAAGUUCAGAAGAGGAGGACGAGGAGGAGGAGGAGAAAGUUGUUCUUGCAUUGGACCUUGAUAAUGUUUUCAGCAGUCUCAUUUCCCCUUGUUUUGAGAGCUACGAAAGGCUGUAUGAUGAUCUCAGAUCAGGAAAUCUCACACUUUCUGCAGUCGAUACAAUUUUUCAGGAAUUCACAGAUCAUCCUGAAGAUCUCAAAACUGAACUAAAUGCCAUAUGUAAGCUUAGGCCUGGGGAAGGCAGAGACUGGGUUGAUCAGCGAUUUCAGCAGAUCCAGCAAUACCAUGAAAUGCAUUUAACUUUUGAUGCUGCAAAGAUCAUUGCCAAUGUCAAAGAGAUUCUAAGCCUCUCUGGUGACUUCAGUAUCCUGGAAAACUUGUUGGACAUAACAGAAAAGCUUGAAUCAUACAAGACACAAAAGCUGGACUCCAUCAGCCCUGAGCUUAUGCAUGCCAAGAGACUGCUGCAGGGGAUCACAGUGAACCGUCGUGGCUGUCUGAAGGCGCUGGCCCAGCAGAAGGAGUUUGUCUGCUGGGUCAGGGAGGCGCUGAAAGAUAUAAAUGAGCUGAAAGUAUUUGUAGACCUGGCCUCCAUCUCUGCUGGGGAGAAUGACAUGGAUGUGGACCGUGUGGCGUGUUUCCAUGACACUGUGCAUGGCUACUCUUCCCUGCUCUAUGAGCUUCGGCAAGACUCAGGUUUUGAGGACUUCAUGCACUGCUUGAAUAAGCUGUGGCGAGCCCUGGACAGUGAUGAGAAUCUUCCCAAGAAACUGUGUGCUUCAGCUCACCAUUUAGAGUGGUUGAAAAUAGUGAAAGAGAGCCAUGGGUCUGUGGAGCUGUCGUCGCUGUCACUGGCAGCUGCCAUCAACAGCAGAGGAAUAUACAUUCUCAGAGCACCAGCUGAUGGCCAAAAGGUUUCUUUGGACAACGUCCUGCGCUUCACCCUCCCGGGGAGCUCUGGGGAUAAUGAAGCAUCACGGAAAUACUCUCUGGCAGAGCUCCGUGAACUGCAGAACAAACUGAUGCUGAUGUCGGCAAAGGGCGAGCAAGGCUUGGAGGUGGAGAAGUUCUCUGAGAUCUUUUCCAAUGUCCAAAGACUUGCCCAGGCCUUUAUAGACCUUUAUUCAGCUGGGAACUUGCUCUUCCGGUCCUGGCUUGCUCAUGUGUAUUGUUCACCCAAAAAAGAAUCAUGUGUUCUUAUAGACUUCUCUUUGAGACUGAUCCCAGCGCUAGAAGGGCAAGGAGAUGUCGGAGCUGUGCUCCCAGGCCUCUGCAAGACAAUGGAGAGUUUCCUGGAGAGUUGGAAAAGCUUCAUGUAUGAAAAACGAUUCCAGCAUUUCUACCUGAACUACUACACUGCUGAACAGCUGGUCUAUUUGUGCACAGAACUGGGGCAGGGGAUGCCCAGCCAGGGCGCCCUGAUGAUGCUCUCGUUCCUAAAACACAACUGCACCAUGCAGGAUGUCCUUAGAGCCUCCAAGAGUGAAGUGCCUCCCAGCUCAAGGAAGGCUAUUUCUGACUUCCAAGGGAUGCUGGAUGGGGAGAAGGACCUGAUUGUGCGGCUGGAGUACAUCUGGGCGUGCUACAUGAGCAACAUGGGCUCCUUCCUUCCGAACUGCCUGGAUAUUGAUACGCUCGGUGAGCGACUGAAGAAUCUGGCCAGCUGGGAGAGAGAACAUGUCACACGAGAAUUCCCACAGGAUCUUCUGUAUGUUGGUCAGCCCAAUCUCAUCACAUGCCCUCGCUCCGAGGUGCUCACAUCUGCUCUGGCUAUUUACAUGAACAGCCCCGAACAGCCCCUUCCCACUUUUGAUGAAGUUCUCCUGUGCACUCCUCAGACCACUGCUGAGCAAGUGGGGCUCUUCCUCAGGCGGUGCCUCAUUCCCUGCAGCGGAGGAGAGAAAAUUUACACCAUGCUGUAUGCAGAUGAGCUGAGUUACGAUGUCAGCUGCAGAGCAGAGGAGCUAUUCCAGCACCUGCAGCGCUGCAACAGCACCUAUCGCCUCAUCAUUCUGUGCAGCUGCGAGAGGGAGCACAGCUACAUCCCUUCUGCCUUCAGCCAGUACAAAGUGCACAUGAUACCCCAGAGGCCACUGGCUGAAAUCCAGCAGUACCUUCAGCACCACUACAGAGUCGCUCAGCCUUCGAGCUCGGCUGCUUCUGUGUUCAAGGACAAUAUGUGUGUUGGGAUUGUGUCCUCCAAAAGAGCUGGUGUGGGGAAGUCUCUGUAUGUGAAGAGGCUACAUGAGAGACUGCAAGAAGAGCAGCCUGACUAUACAAAACUUCUGAAAACCAUCAGACUAAUUGAACCAGAAGUGGAUGAAGAUAAAGUGCUAAAAUCUCUUCUGCCUUUUCUGAAGAGAAAACACCAGACAAAGCCCAUGAUAUUCCAUUUUGAUAUCACAUCUUCAGUACAAAGUGGAAUUCCAGAGUUUCUGUUCAAGCUGUUGGUUCUGCAGUAUCUGACAGAUGAUAAUGGAAAUAUGUGGCUACGGCAGAAGUGCCAUUUGUAUAUCAUUGAAAUCCUUGAGGUGUCACCACUGCCAAGGAAAGCAGCGAGACACAUGUCAGCGAGACAGAAGUAUAAUUUCUUUGAUGUGUUCCCUAAAGUAACAUGCAAGUCUCCUAAGGAAGUACUAGAAAUGGAAACCCUUGGGAACCAGUCUGGGGAUGUUUCGGAUCCAGGCAUGGACGAGGAGGAAUUUUGCAGUGAAGCCUUCCAGAGACCUUUCCAGUAUCUGAAAAGGUUUGACCAGGGGUGCAAUCUGGACACGUUCUGUUACAAAGCGCACUCUGUGGAAGGGAACCCGGCAGAAUGCCUGCAGCAGUUCCUCCUGCACUGCGGGAUCACAGAUCCCUCCUGGUCAGAACUCCGAAACUUCACAUGGUUUCUCAAUGUUCAGUUGAGAGACUGUGAAGCUUCUGUCUUCUGCAACCCUGACUUUGUCCAGGACACUUUGCAAGGUUUCAAAAACUUUGUUGUUAACUUCAUGAUUUUAAUGGCAAGGGAUUUUGCAACACCCUCCCUAAACAUUUCUGAUCAAAGUUCAGGAAGGCAGUCCUCCAACUUGGAGAACGUUGCAGAAGAAGAUCUUCUUCCUUUCCGCAUUCGGAAAAAGUGGGAAUCGGAGCCUCAUCCAUAUCUGUUUUUCAAUGAAGACCAUGUGUCCAUGACAUUCAUUGGUUUCCACUUUCAGCCGAAUGGCACUGGUGGUGUUGAUGCCAUUAACCCUUUGAAUGGCAAUGUUAUCAAGAAAAAUGUCAUGACUUCACAGUUGUACAAUGGCUUGUUACUCCAGAGAGUUCCCUUCAAUGUUCCCUUUGAUCAGUUGCCUCGGCAUGAGAAGCUAGAGAAGCUUUGCAUGGUUUUGGGAAUCCCCUGGGUAAUAGACCCUGAUGAGACAUAUGAGCUCACAACAGACAAUGUGCUGAAAAUCUUGGCUAUUGAGAUGCGAUUCAGGUGUAACAUCCCCGUUGUCAUCAUGGGAGAAACAGGCUGUGGGAAAACCCGACUUAUAAAGUUCCUGUGCAAGUUACGCAGAAGCUACAUAGAGGUAGAGAACAUGAAGCUUGUAAAAGUUCAUGGGGGCACUACUGCAGAGAUGAUUUAUGCCAGGGUCAAAGAAGCAGAAGCCCUUGCUAAAACCAAUAAGCAGCAGCACGGGUUGGACACAGUCCUCUUUUUCGAUGAAGCCAACACAACAGAGGCUGUAAGCAGCAUCAAGGAAGUUCUGUGUGACCACACAGUACAGGGGAAGCAUUUGGUCUCUGGCUCUGGCUUGCAGAUCAUAGCAGCCUGCAACCCUUAUCGGAAGCACACGCCAAAGAUGAUUCAACGCUUGGAAUUAGCUGGGUUGGGCUACCGUGUCAAAGCAGAUGAGACAAAGGAUAAGCUUGGAUCAAUUCCACUGAGACAGCUUGUGUACCGGGUCCAUGCACUCCCACCCAGCAUGAUCCCAUUAGUGUGGGAUUUUGGGCAGCUGAACAACUUAACUGAAAAACUGUAUAUACAACAGAUUGUACAGAGAGUUACUGAGCACGUCCCAAUGAGUCAGGCUGAAGCAGAGGUAAUUACAGAAGUGCUUUUUGCUUCCCAGCAAUACAUGAGGCAGAGGGACGAUGAAUGUAGCUUUGUCAGCCUGCGGGAUGUAGAACGCUGCAUGGAAGUUUUCAAGUGGUUUCACAAGCACAGUAAACUACUGCUGAGAGGACUGGAGAAGUACCUUGCUGAGAAGAAAGCUCCAAAGACCACCGUUGAGAGAAACAACGUUAUCUGGUCCUUAGUGCUGGCAGUCGGGGUCUGCUAUCAUGCAUCCUUGGAAAAGAAGGAGGCAUACAGGAGUGCUAUGAGCCAGGUCCUUCCAGAACCUUACGAUACCCAGAAGAAGAUUUUGGAAGAUAUCUCCUUGAUGCAGGACUUAUUCCUGAGUGGUGUGCACCUCCGAGAUACCAUAGCAAGAAACUUGGCCUUGAAGGAAAAUGUCUUUAUGAUGGUCAUCUGCAUUGAGUUGAAGAUCCCUCUUUUUCUUGUUGGGAAGCCUGGGAGCUCCAAAUCCCUUGCGAAAACGAUUGUGGCUGAUGCUAUGCAGGGCCAAGCAGCUCAUUCGGAUUUAUUCAAGGAGCUGAAGCAGAUACAUCUAGUGUCUUUCCAGUGCAGUCCUCUCUCCACCCCAGAGGGAAUCAUAGGCACUUUCAAGCACUGCGCUCGAUUCCAGGAAGGGAAGAACUUGGAGGAGUAUGUCUCAGUGGUGGUUUUGGAUGAGAUUGGGCUGGCAGAAGAUUCUCCCAAAAUGCCCUUGAAGACUUUGCAUCCCCUUUUGGAAGAUGGCUGCAUAGAUGAUGUCCCUCUUCCUCACAAAAAGGUUGGCUUCAUCGGGAUUUCCAACUGGGCUUUGGAUCCUGCUAAAAUGAAUCGAGGCAUCUUUGUCUCGCGUGGUGACCCCAGCAAAGAAGAGCUCAUAGGAAGUGCAAAGGGGAUUUGUUGCUCAGCACGCGGGGCUCUGCAGAAGGUCGAACAGUACUUUUCUCAUUUUGCAGAUGCAUAUGAAAAUAUCUGCAAGGCCCAAGACAGGGAGUUCUUUGGUCUGCGUGACUACUACAGCCUCAUAAAGAUGUUUUUUGCCUUAGCUAAGAACUCCAAAAGUGAGCCGACACCUCAAGACAUAGCUGAAGUUGUUCUUCGUAACUUUGGUGGCAAAGAUGAUGUCAAUGCCUUGGAAAUAUUCACCUCGCAGUUACCAGAGAAAGGAGAAAUACGUGCUCGUGAUAUCAGUAGACUUGAGCUGAUAAAACAAAACAUUUACAGCAGCAGUCAGGAUGGUGAUUGCAGGUACCUGCUUGUGUUGACUGAGAAUUAUGCAGCGCUGCAGAUCCUCCAGCAAGCUUUUUUUACUGCCCGGCAACAGCCAGAAAUUAUCUUCGGCUCCAGUUUCCCUAAGGACCAAGAGUAUACCCAGAUAUGCAGGAACAUCAACCGUGUGAAGGUCUGCAUGGAAACUGGCCAAAUAGUUGUGCUCCUCAACUUGCAAAACCUUUACGAAAGCCUCUAUGAUGCCCUCAAUCAGUACUACGUGUACCUCGCUGACCAGAAGUAUGUUGAUUUGGGACUGGGCACCCACCGGGUGAAGUGCCGAGUGCACCCGAAGUUCCGUUUGAUAGUCAUCGAGGAGAAAGACGUGGUAUAUAAGCACUUUCCCAUCCCACUGAUCAACAGGCUGGAAAAGCACUACCUGGAUAUCAGUACUGUCCUGGACAAGGGGCAAAGAGAAACUGUGAAAGAGCUGAAGAAGUGGGUGCGUGAGCUGACUGUGGCCAACACAGAAGAACACUUCAUAAGCAAGCAGAAAUACAGCCCUUCUGAUGUGUUUGUGGGCUACCACUCCAACACCUGUGCCUCAGUGGUCCUGCAGACAACGGAAAGGCUGAAACCAGUGUGUCCUCCUGGUGAACUCAUGUCCUGCGUGAAGAAAGAAGCCCAGCUGGCGCUGUUGAACUGUGCCACCCCAGACGCUGUGAUCCGCCUCUGCAACUCGGUGGGUUUGUUUAUGGCGGAUUCUCUGGCCAACACGUACUUCAAGCAGCAGCAGCACAUGUCGUUUGCGGACUUCCUCCGAGCUCACGUCCGCGCUGAGUCCGGGUACCAACCGGUCUUUACAGAGGUCACCACCUUCUCGAGGCUUCUCACUAGUGCUGACAUGGCUUGCCUGGAGAGAGAGGUGCAGGGUAAAGCACAAAGGCCUCAAAUCCUGUCCCUGCAGCAGUUUGACACAGAGUACUCAUUCCUGAAGAGCAUCCGAGAUUUCCUUGAUGCCACGUCAGGAACUAAAGUCCUUAUUAUUCAGACAGACUUUGAGGAUGGCUCUCAAAAUGCCCAGCUCAUCGCCUCAGCCAGAUACACUGUUGUUAAUGAGAUCAACAAGCUGGACCUGGGAGAAGCCUCUGUCUUUGUUUACUUUAUUCUGAAGCUUUCCCGGGUGGAAGGAGGAACGUCUUACGUGGGAUUCCAUGGAGGACUGUGGCAGUCGGUGCAUAUAGAUGAUCUCCGCAGAUCCAAGGACAUGAUCUCAGAUAUGACUGCCCUGCAGAACCUCACCAUCAGCCAGUUGUUCAGUGAGGAUUCAUGUAAAACCAAAGCUCUGCCUGUGAAUGGAGAACAACAGGAGGAAAUUGAGGUGCCACUUGACACACCAGUGCCAGAAGCAGAGCAGCAGGAGGGUGAAAUCCUAGACACCACUGUACUCCUGAGGACCUGCGUACAAAGUGCUGUGGGGAUGCUGCGGGACCAAAACGAAGAUCUUAGUCGAAGCAGAAAGCGAAUUAAGAUUCUCCUUGGCCUGUUGUCCAAAGAGGAUGACUUUAAAGCCUCUUUCCUGAAGAUAACAAAGGCUCGUCUCUCCAGCCUUUUGAAGAAGCAAGAAGAAAAUUCCCUUCACCCAAAAAACUGGGUGCUUCGGGAGGCUUCCAACCUCAGCGCUCUCCAGGAGGCAGGCACCUUCAGGCACACCUUGUGGAAGCGAGUCCAGGAUGUGAUCACUCCAUUCCUGGCUCUCCUGAUUGCUGUCAUCGACAGAAAUGGCAAUCUGGAGCUGUUGGUCAGGCCGGCAGCUGAGUGGGUGACAAACCUGUGGAUGUUCAUCUUCAGUGACACAAAACUUCUGACUGUCCCUUACAGCAUGGGUAAGAGCAGCUCUCAGACAGAGAUAAUUCUGGUGCAGAACAACAUGGUGGUGUCUGCUGAUGCUGGAAAUGAGAUGCCCUUCAGCUGGAGGAUAAAGGAGUACUUGGAUGAGAUGUGGUUGGAAGCUCAAUACAUCCAAAACACUGAAGACCAAGCUGAGAAGUUUGUGGAUAUCUUCCAGAAAACUGCCCUGGGAAAAUUUAUCUCUGCUCUGACUGAGGAAGAAAGGCAGAUGCUCCUACAGUCCUAUAUCGUGGACUUUAUUGUCUUGACCAUUGGUGUGUCUUCCCUAGAGGAGCUGAAGUGUCUGCGAAUUGCGUUCUUAUCCUGCAUAGAGGAAUGGAAGGCAACAGCUCCCAGAAGAGAGGAGACAGUGCCGUCCUUGCCUUGGGUGCACCUUGGAUACAAUCGGUUCAAGAGCCGACUGCAGAACUUUUCUAGGAUCCUGGCUGUACACCCCAGUGUGAUUGACUACCUUGUUAACCAGGAAGGAUACGGAAUACCGCAUUCAGAGAUGAUUUUAGAUGUGUUAGCUGCAAUGGUAUGUGCUGAAGAGCUGGAGAAUCAAGUGCAGACAGCCCACCCAGAGAUCUGGCUGCAGAAAGUGAAGAAUCUCCGGAUGCCUGUGGAAUUUCUUUGUAAAGAGAAGGAUUUCCAAAGGAGCGGGAGUCGGUGCCAUCAGCUGCUGAAAGAACUCGAAGUCUGCUGGAACCGGGUUUUCUCCAUGUCUCUGUUUGUAGAACACGUGUUGUUUGGCAUCAACACUCUGAUGCCAGAACUUGAGAAUUUAGUGAAAAAAUAUACUUUGCUUCUUGCCAAGUGUUUUCAGCACAAUUCAGACAUGAAGACUCACCCAACGUUUGUUGCAGUGAUGAAAGUACUGUGCCAGUGUAAGGAUGAAGUCAGCAACAGGCUCUACAGUAACGAUCUGAAGUCGUGUGCGAUCUGCCUAGGAGAGCCCAAGGAUCCAGUCUGCCUGCCUUGCUGCCAUGUGUUCUGUCAGAAGUGCAUCAGAACAUGGCUAGUGCCCGCGCAGAUGCAUUGUCCAUACUGCAGGGUUGCCGUGGAGGAUGUUCAUUUAAAUGUCUCCGUGGAACUCAGAGAUGCGAUAGCAAGAAAUGCGCUGUUCCGGCAGAGGUGCAAUAAUUUCUUCAUAGAUGUGGUCACUACCAUGUGCUUCAAGGACAACAAACCCCCUGAGGCAGAGGUGAUCCGAGAGCUCCUUAACCUGCUGUUUGUUCACAGAAGCUGCCUGAAAGGUUCAGAUCACCCCACUAUCUACACAAAAUUUCUGUCCCCAUUUAAUGAUGAAGUGGAUGAAACUCCCAUCAUCCGCUCAGUAAUGCUGAAGCUCCUCCUGAAGUACAGCUUCAAUGAAGUGAAAAAUGAUGUGCAACACUACCUGUCCCAGGUAGAGCACAACAAGCUCCUAGAGAAAAAUGAUAAAAAAGAACUCUACUUGCUUUUUGUCAACUGCUUGGAGGAUUCUAUGUGUGAAAAAUCUGAGGGCAGCCUUGGAUAUGAGCAUUUAAACUAUCUGCCUGGAGACAAAGGCUUUCCAGAGAACUAUCUCCCAAAGAACAAUCAAGAAAGUCCUCAGGAAUCAUCCGUUGAAUAUCUGCAGGCAGUAGCCAAGGUUCGCUUGUACCUGAGUAAGGCUGCAGAGCUGCUCUUUGACUUGCACGAGCGCACAGAGCAAGACCAAGUGGAGGAGAAGCAGCGCUACCUGGCAAAUGUGAGGGUGUUCUGUAGCCUUGCCAGGAACGACUGGCAUCGUGUUUACCUCAUCCGGAAAAUUGCCAGUCAGCAUGGGAUGGAAUUUGCUCAGAAGCUUGUCACGGAGGCACAGUUUAAGUGGGUGUUCCCAGGGGAGAUUCUGCAACAGGUACAGAACAGCCAGUCUAAUCACAUCGAUCGUUACUUGGCAUGUGGCGAGAAUUACAGAGUCCUGCGUGAUGCUGUGGGGAAAGCCAUGAUCGAGUGCAAGACUGAGAGUCUCCUAGAGGCAGAGAAGGCAUCACGCAGCUCCCCAGCGGUACAAUCUGUCCAUCUGCUCCUGGCUAUUUUCCGAGAGGUCACCGCCCUGUAUGGAGCUGGUGACUCAAGUCUUCAUCCCAAACAGCAGCAAACAGAUGCUAUGACUAAGUUCAUCCAGAACUCCCAAGUCCUGAAUUCUCCAGACCUGCAGCACUUUGCAGCUUCUCUUGUGAUGAACGCACUGCCAUCUCUGACCGUGGAUCCUCAAAGCUUUGGCCACGAUGGAGCACUAAUUGAAAUGGCUGUUCACACCGCAGCUGUCUUGCUGUGUGGGCGGAACCGCAUCCUGCAGCCCCUGAGGAACCUGGCAUUCCAUCCGCACACCAUGGAGCUGCGCUGGUACAUGUGUCCAAAGGGCCACCCCUGCACUGUAGGAGAGUGUGGCCGCCCCAUGGAAACUAGCCGCUGUCUCGACUGUGGGGCCCAAGUUGGCGGGGUCCAGCAUAAAUCACUGCCUGGCUUUCAAGAAUUCCGGAGUACUGAAGACAGAACUCAAACUGGCCACGUACUUGGAGAUGCACAGCAUAGAAAAGCAAUGGGAGUGUCUGAUCGGGCCAUGUCCCCAGUUGUCUUCGUUCUGAUACGCUUGCUCACACAUUUGACGAUGUUGCUGGGAGCCACAAAAGAUCCUCAGUCAUUUGACAAGAUUAUCAAGCCACCGGUAAACAACUCUGUGAGUUUCCUGCAGCAGCAUAUUCGGGAGGACUUGGCACAGCUGACAAAAAUUUUGGGGAAGAGUGUGGAUGAGACUGUCAACAUCCUUCAUCUUGUCCUCAGCAGCCUCCUCAAGGACCCACAUCAGCACCCGGGCCAGUGGCCAGUUCAGUUUGAUGAUGUGCUCUCCACCAAACAGAAUAGAAACAAAUGGGAAGAAAUUGUUGCAAACACAAUUAUUGUUCCUGAAUUGGAGGAUUUGGAUAAAAAACUUCUGAAGUUAAACAGACAAAUACAAGAGGAUGAGAGAAUUUCUUCCAAUCCAAUAGUGAAAAUAGUGUAUGGUGACCCGGUCAGCUUCCUGUCCCAGCUGCCAAAGGACAGUCACAUACAUCAUUCCAAGAUGUGGAGCUGCCGAAAGAGGGUUUCAGUGGAGAACCUGGGCCAUGUGGUCCAGCAAAAGAAUGCCAAGGAUGCCGUCCCUCUCCUUUGGAUGUUUCUGCAGAAGGAAACAGAACUGAGGCUGGUUAAAUUCUUACCAGAGAUUCUGGCGCUGCAGAGAGACUUGGUGAGGCGAUUUCAGAACACCACUGAUGUCAAGCACUGCUCGAUCCGAGAGUUCCUCAAUGAACCCCUCUCAGAUGUGAUGCGGGACCUGUUACAGAGGAGAGUGAACGUGUUUCUGUCUGUCUGGAACAAGCUAAGAAGCUCGUUGGACACCCGUGGGGAAAUUAAGCUUCCUAAAGGCUACUGUGAUGCUGACCUGACCCUUGACAGCAAGCUUGAUGUCCUUCUGCCACGUCGACGGGGGCUGGGCCUCUGCUCCACAGCCUUAGCCAGUUACCUCAUUAGUCUGCACAAUGACUUUAUCCACUUGGUGAACAAACACAUCAAGGAAGAUGACAGGUACUUGAUCAGUCCAUCAGAAGUGGCUGACCUGCACGUGAUCAGUUACGAGGUUGAGAGAGACCUGAUUCCUCUCAUCUUAUCCAACUGCCAGUACAGCAUGGAGAAGGGAGGGGAGACGUUGCAGGACUUUGAUCUGGAGAGGAUCCAGCAGCAAGUCAUCAGCAAGUUCCUGCAGGGGAAACCACUCAUCACCCUAACGGGAAUACCUACUCUCGUGUACAGACAGGAUCGGAAUUAUGAGCAGCUCUUUAAUGAUGUCAGGAAUAAACUGGAUCAGAAUGCUCUCCCCAGUUCUGUGAUGAGCAUGAUCAGUGGGGAACUACAGUCUUAUAGUGAAGUCUGUGAAGCUCUGACCAUCACUGAAAUUACCUUGGGAUUCCUGGCCAUGGCUGGAGAGAAUGCCGAAAUGCUUCUGACUGACUACAUAGAAAAAGUUCUGCAGAUGGGUGAUCAGACAAACCCUCAUGUACUGCAGGCCCUUGGACGAUGCCACCUAAAGCACAGCAUAGCCCUAUGGCAACUUCUCUCUACCCGCAAAUCUGAGCAGCUUCUGCGCCUCAAAAGGGAUCCUUUUGUAGACAUCAGCCCAGUCUACAAAGCUGAGCUCAGUCCGGAGAUUGCCAAGCUCCUCAACACCUUCCUUGUCCACUCAAGGCUGGAAACCUUCCUGCAGGAGCUCCAUGAAAUGAUUGUCCUGAAGCUGAGACGUGUCCAAGCUGUGGAUGAAUUCAAACCCACAUGGAGCCUGAAGGAAUCGCUCCUUCCUUACCUUGACGCAAAAGACUCGGAGUUGGCUACGGAGCUGCAGGAGCUCUUCCCCGAUGAGAUUCUUCUCUCCCACGCUGCCGCGGCCUGGAAAGCAGCCGCUCUCUUCAAAAGGGGGCACAGGGAAAGCUAGCCCCCACUGGCCCCGGCCCUCCUCACGCCCAGGGGCUUUGAGUGCCACAAACACACGGUGCUGGUGAGCUGGCGGCCCAGGGGGGUUGGCUUUUUGGGCUGCUUUUCUGCCUGUGAGGUUUUUUUUUUUUUUUUUACUAACUUCAAUACAACUGAAGCGUUUUACUAACUUCGUACAACUAAAGUAAAAGGGGAAGAUGAGAUGCUUUUGCGCAGCAGAAGGCUGGUGGCGAAGCAGAAGGCUGCACCGCUCCCCAGAGACUCUUGAAGCCACCUGGGAAAGAUGAAGGAUUAUUAUUUUUUAUUUUUUUUUUCAAGUAUCGUUCCCCAGUGCUGGGGAAGGUGGUUUUUGAUUGCAAUCUCCCUUUCUCUUAGCACUGAACUGUCACUAAGGUGCAGAACGGGCAGCCCGCUACCGGGGACUCGGUUCCCCGGGAGCCCGUGCAGCACCGCCGAGGCACCGGGAC